AUGGAGACGGGAAUAUUUUUCUGGCUUCAGCUAUUGUCUGUGCAUAUUAUUCAAUGUAUAAAUUUCAUUUUCCCGAUCAAAAGGAAGAGCUUGCAUCAAAAGAAUGUGAUAAUCACCGGGGCGGCAGGCGGAAUCGGACGUGAACUGGCUCUGUCGGUAAGAAAUCACUCUUGUAAGAACAUGGAUUAAUUUAGUUUGGUCGUCAUGGUUGUCGUCUGUUUCUUAUCGACUUACACCCUGAGGGUCUACAGAAGUUAAAAGGGGAUUUAAAUGGAUGCGGGAUCUCUGCUGAUGUCUAUGCAGUCAAUUUGAGUGAUCAGCAGGCAGUCAAGGGUCUGGCAGAGAGAUUGAAAAGGGAAGUGGGGCAUAUUCAUUGUGUUGUCAGCAAUGCUGGAGCUGCAGAUAACUAUGGAAUCGCGAACAUGGAUCGGGAUUCAUUGAAAUCAAGUUUUCGGAGCAACUUUUAUUCAGCAGUCAAUGUAAGUAGCGAUAGUAACAGAUGAUAUUUUUGUAGGUGAUUGAGGAAUUUUUACCGACCAUGAUUGCCCAAGAUGAAGGUCAUAUUCUCUCCGUUUGUUCAAUUGCAGCAUUAGUCCCUCAACCGGGACUACUGGCAUAUUCAGCAUCUAAAUCAGCAUUGACCGCUUAUAUGACGUCUCUGAGACAGGAACUCAAAUUGAAGGGUAAGCAAGAUUAAUGGUGAUAUUUCAUUUGCACAUUGUCUUCAACUUAUGAACGACUCUUCAGGAUCAUUUGUCAAAACAACAAUAGUUUAUCCGGGGAUGACAAAGACCCCAAUGACAGAGGGAAUCUGCAUCGACACCCCUGGCUCAAGUUAUAUUUUGCCCCAUGAAGUUGCGGGUGCUGUUCUUGAUGCGGUUCUCUGUGAAAAGGAGGAAAUUGUAAUCCCAAAGCGUUUGUUCUUCUUUCAUCGAGUUCUUCAGUUGCUCCCUACAACAGUCAGAGAUGCUCUGGUUUACUACUUGUUUUCUUACACCAAAACCUAUGCUCGUAACCAUGGUUAUGACAAGUAUAAGAUCUGCUGA